CACCGGGUCUGGUACGGCUUUUGAAUGCGUGACUUCAUAGCGAAGCGGACACUUCACUGUGCCAUCGUGAAGCAGGCCUCGGUGUUGGUUAGAGAGUGUGUGUUGCAGGGUGAUUCAGGAUGGUGGACCAGCCUCUAUGGGAGCAGAUAGGAUCCAGCUUUGUGCAGCAUUACUAUCACUUAUUUGACUCGGACAGAUCACAACUCGGAACCAUAUAUAUCGACGAGUCAUGCCUCACAUGGGAAGGACAGCAGUUCCAAGGAAAAAAGGCAAUUGUUGGGAAACUCAUUAGUCUACCCUUCCCAAAAAUAGUGCAUAGUAUAACAGUGCAGGACCACCAGCCAACUCCAGACUGCAACAUCUUGAGUAUGGUAGUAGGACAGCUAAAAGUAGAUGACGACCCCGUCAUGGGUUUCCAUCAGAGUUUCCUCCUGAAGAACAUUAACAGUGCGUGGGUGUGCACCAAUGACAUGUUCAGGCUGGCCAUUCACAACUUUGGCUAACCACCCCACCCCCCCUCCCCCCCACCCCCUCCCCGCUUUGGUGGGCAGGGGCGCCCGUAGUGAAGGGCACCACGUGAGUGAAGUAUGGAGGGAGGGGAAGGAGGGGUUGGAGAGAUGAGAGGACACUCGCCUCUCCCUUCUGCUGUCUCAUUUACGCCUGCUUGACUCUUGCAAACACCGGAUUCUAGAUGUCAAUCACUGAACCUCAUCCAGGUGGGUUUACAGACCGCCCCAGUAGAACUGCGAUUUGAUCCUUUGCUGAGAGCCAGCCAACCAAUCAGAUGCCCCUGUCUGCCACUUCGCUGAUCUGCAUGAUGCCGGGAGUCCCCCAUUACAAUAUUGACACUCAAGGCACCAGAGAGAGACACAAACAGCUGAACGACGCCAUUUACUCCAGUUCUGCGCUGCUCUCCACCUUUUUCCUAAUUCAAACCUGUUCUACUCUACUGUUAACUCCACUGCUAUAAGCCAGUUCUGUUGGCACUGUUUUUUGACUGGUUUGUAGAUUCAGGUUCAGGUUCAAAGGUGGCUCCAUCAGUUCCGACUUGCGUUCCAAGUUGUUUUUAGAUGCCACUUGUGUUCAACUGAGUUUCAUCUUCCUUUUACACAACUGUUAACUUUGCUAUGGUUCCCUCUCAUGCCUGGUUUUGCUCUCGCAAAGCAAAAGAUCAUGGACAACAAAGUUUGACCGCACUGUGUGAUUGGCUCCUGAAUAUUCUCUCUCUCUCUCAAUCUGUCUUUCUCUCUCACACAGACAUGUCUGGCAGUAAACAUGGACUACAGCCACGAUAGACAAUAAAACCUGGACUCUUUUUCUUAA